GCUGAGCAGCAAGGUUUGAAGUUUGAUGCUAUUAAAAAGUUCUUAAAAUGCGAAAAAUUAUAUAGAUUAACAACGUUUUUAGCAUAGACAAGAAAAGAUUUACAAAAAACCCCGUUCCCGUUGGAGCAUGUUGAUUCCCGUUCCCGGUAUCCCUAAUCCAGUUUUCCCGGUAACCCUAAUCCCGUUUUCCCGGCCCAAAAUAAGGCGAAUCCCGGCUCCCGUUUUACCCCUUCAGGAUCCCUCUCCAUUUCCAGCUCUUUUCUGUGAGCCCGCAGUACGUGCCCCCAUGGCCAAAUCUCAUUGUAACUUAUACUUAUAAGCUUACACAGAUGCAUAUCGCUUCUUUCAAACAUUAUCAGUGGUCACAUCAAUUACCUAACUAAACUUGAAACAAGGCAGUCAGCAAAAUGUUAGAUUAAACGUUUGCUUAAUCUAAACCGGGUGAAAGACUUUCUAAUUGAUAUUACGACAUCAAAAAGAAACCUUUCGAUCAAACGAUAUGAACAUUCUCAAAUGACAUAUUUCUCUACAAAUACAUUCAUACGUUAAAAAGUAGCGCAUCUCUUGAGUUGCAUUUACAGGGAAAUAUAAACCCGGAGCUAGUUGUGUUUUGUCAUUAUCAAAGUAAGGGGUCAACGGAGUUACAAGGGACUGAUCAAAAACCAGACAGGGCCUCCUUAAAAGAUCAACAGGUUACGAGUAUCACCAUGACAACGGGCUGCUAUUCAAAAGAGGGUAAAAUAAUUUCAAAAGGCUGCAUGCAGGAUCGAUAAGACAUGAUUAUAAUAUUAGCGUACUAAGCUGGCUUCUUAUUGGUUGACGUAAUUCUUGUGUUAUAUAAAUUCCUAAUCACUCUAAUAACCUUUUAUCCAAAUGGUAAUGGGCUUUUAUUAUGUGCACCCUUGCGUACCAGCGGUUAUUAAUCACCAAAUCUCUUUGUUGCUGUAUUAUCUCUGUUUGUGUAACUAAGUCUAAAGAACUCACAUAAAAGCUGCUUUAAAGUGUGAUUUUAGAAUGUUGUCGGACGCAGUGGUACGUGGGAGAAUUUAUCAAGUAAAGUUUCUUCUGGAAUCAGGAUCCGUGAAUGUGAAUAGUACGGAUGAAGACGGCCAGACAGCGCUGACGAAGGCGAUUUUACUACAGGAUCAAAUGCAUCGCACACGAUACAAACUCGUCCGUUGUCUCUUAGACCACGGUGCGAAGGUAAACAUAGCGGACAAACACGGAAGAAAUGCAUUAAUGUACACUGCUAUUUGCGGACUUGAGGACCUCGCCGGGAAGAUUUUACAGAAAGCGAUACUUGACUUGGAUUUGAAUGCGGAGGAUAAUGACGGGAAUACUGCACUGCUGCAUGCCGCUUCGCGAGGUUACACGAGCAUAGUUAGCCUCCUUAUAAAUGCAUUGAAGAGAUUUGGACUAGAUUUGGACAAGAAGAACCAUAGCGGUAUGACACCACUUUUACAAGCGACGAAAAACGCACACGAAAAAGCUGCCUUGGUGUUGAUAAACGAAGGAGACGCGAGUUUGACCAUUAGGGAUCCGGAACACAAGAAGAACGCGCGGGAAUGGGCGAGUCAUCACUCUCUGGGUGGUUUAUUAGAGAAAAUUAAUGAGAAACAGCCGAUAGAAAAAGUUAAAGAUGAGAGAGAAGAGCCGGACAGUGUCGAUAGUCGAGGUGAUUCGGGAACAAAGAUGGAAGAUGUGAACGAAAGUAUUACAUGCCGAAGAAGUGCAAAAAGUCGGCAAGGCGAGGACACAGAUAUGGCUUCUCCUAGCAACUUUGAGCGGCCGUCUUCCCGACCAUCUUCGCGGCCGCACUCGAGACGAAAGACUGGGGUGCAAAGCCGACUAACGGUCCCUCGAAUAAGUCUAUCCCAGUGUGAAUCACCGGAAGUAGUCAUAACACCUACAACAGAUGUGAUCUCCGUUGAACCCAGCUUAGAAACACCGAAAAGAACGGAGGGAAGGGAGACUAAACAUAGCGCGGGAAACGAUUCAAAUACAGCCUCGACUCCGCGUCGACCUAUCAGCGGGGACAGCACUCGGGAGAAGCCAAUCACAGCAAAGGGUGAAAUGCUACGAUUAUUACAGCUUUAUGGAGUCCAGACUUCGGACAUCUACAGGGGCGGAUUUGAUGCCUCUACGCUGCCUCCUAGCGGAUUUUGGCCCGAUCCAUUGGCACAUUUACGAGACCCGUUUGGCAGCGCCUGUGAAGAUAUGGACCACUUUCCGGACACAUUUUCCGAACUCCAAUACUCGAGAAUGUCUUCCAAUAAUCGUCGGCGGUCAUCAGUUUUAGAUCUUCCAACAUCAUCACGGCGGAUGAGUAUUGUGGGGGGUAGGGAGGGGAGGAAAACAUCGACCAUGGGGGGUGGGAUGGGGUGUGGGCGUGGCCGCGGGAUGAUAAAUCCCACUUUAGGCAAGGGAAUCCACCCCGAUGUGGGAAGAAAGGUAUCAGUCGCCGCGGACAGGAGGACAUCAAUGAUAACAAGACCGUUGAUGGAGAGGCCGACGCUAUCAAGAAGGAAUUACAGUACAGUCGUAUCACCAAACCUUAACUUAUCACGCAGUUGACAAGUCCAAGUGGACUGUAAAAGCUGGCUGGGAGCAAGAAAGCGAAAUAGUCGGGUCGGAGUUUGUUCACAGCCGUCUUGAAACUUAUUGCAGCUUUUCUCUUGUUCUAUGAUAAAGCUUUAAGCUAAGCAUGCUUCACAUUGUUAGACAUGCUUGAAAUGCUGUACUUAGGUAAGAAAAUUUGCUAAAAACGGCAAACUUGCUGUAGCAAAUAAAUGUGAUUAGCUAUAAUUACAUGAUACGGGACAAGAGAGUAUAAGAGUAUGAUUGAGAAUGAAAUAAAAGAUGAAGAUAAAAUCAAACCACUUA